GAUCAGUUUACACCACACCACACAAACGUCACUGAAGCGAGAGAGAGGAUGCUGAAACACUGAGGCUGUGCCAGGACCACAGUCAGUCUACUAUCAGCGUUCAAGAUCCUGGAAAUGUGCAGGUUUAUCUGUCAUGGAUGCAAAUAUGAUACCAAAAUUCACCACUAAAGAGGAGGAAAUUGACUUCUGGAAGGCUCUUUCACUCAAGUACAAAAAAAGUUAUAAGGAGGCACAGGAGGAGUUGCUGGAGUUUCAAGAGGGCAGCAGAGAGCUGGAAACCGAGCUGGAGACACAACUGGGCCAAGCGGAGCAUCGAAUCAGAGACUUGCAGGCAGACAAUCAGAGACUGCAGCAUGAGCUCGACUCGCUCAAGGAGAAGCUGGAAUAUCAGUAUGCUCAGAGCUAUAAACAGAUCUCUGUGCUGGAGGACGACCUCAGCCAGACUCGAGGCAUCAAGGAACAGCUGCAUAAAUAUGUCCGAGAGUUAGAACAGGCCAAUGACGACCUGGAGAGAGCUAAGAGAGCCACCAUAACAUCUCUGGAGGACUUUGAGCAGAGGCUGAACCAGGCCAUCGAGAGGAACGCUUUUCUGGAGAGUGAACUGGAUGAGAAAGAAUCUCUCCUUGUGUCUGUGCAGAGACUAAAAGAUGAAGCCAGAGACUUGCGGCAAGAGCUUGCAGUGCGAGACACCAGGUCAGAGGUGACGAGAAUGUCAGCUCCCAGCUCUCCGACUCCGGAUAACGACAAAACAGACUCUGCGGUCCAGGCAUCCCUUUCUCUGCCUGCUACACCUCUUAGCAAGAAUCUGGACAAUGCUUUCACCAGUCAGACAGUUCUGGCCAACGGCUCCACUAACGCAGCCCUCACACCAUCUGCUAGAAUAUCAGCGCUCAAUAUUGUGGGCGAUUUACUGCGCAAAGUUGGGGCUUUGGAGUCUAAGCUCGCAGCUUGUCGAAAUUUUGCAAAGGACCAGGCAGCCAGAAAGAACUAUGUUACCAACGUCAACGGCAAUCUGAUUAAUGGCGACAUUUCAAAUUACUCUCAUUCGCUCCACACAUCCUACUUCGACAAAGCCAGAAGAGAGAGGGUCAUUUUCCCUGCGUUACUCUUGGCAGGACGGUGAACGGUUUGGACCCCGGUGACGCGACACACAUCACAGCCCCACCGCGAUCCAACUCUCCAUCUGGCCUGGUCCUCAGCGUAUAAAACACACUCAGACUCCAUUUAUAUCCACUAUACAGCAAUAUAAUACACUACUGAAGCUGAGUCCACCCUACAGUGGGGUUUACAACAAGGUUGGUAAUGGGAGCCCUUCUGUAGCAGCACCUCAUAACUCGGUUAUAGUCUCGGUUCGCAAUAUACUACAUGAAGUACUUGUUAAUAGUUGUUAAAGAUGUACAGUAUAUACCCUGACCUAAUAUAUUUAUGGUUACCGUUCAUUUAGCAUUCAUGUACAUAUUUACGUUGUUUUCUGUUUGUUAUGGAUGUGAUGUCUUCUAACACAAUCCAAAAAAUGUAUUUAUUGCUAUAGUGUUGGAUCGCAACGUAUGUGAAACCUGAAAACAAAGGGAAUUUAUAAUAUUAAUGUAUGUUGUGCGAUAACUGCACCUGUUUGUGUAAGAAAGUAGACCUGAUAUAUAAUGAUAUACUGUAUAAUUGAUGGAAAAAGGAUGGCUAUCUAGACUUACAUGUGCACUUAUAUGUCAUUUUUAUCCCCAGUUAUACAUUUUUUUUAUUAUUAAGUGCUAAUGUGUGCCUCAGAUGGUUGAACUUACUGUAUUUCUGUGGCCUGGUGUGAAGCGUCUUUGGAGUUGCACAUGAAGGAUUGGUUUUGGCUUCAGCAGGUUUGUAUUGGAACACUGGUUUUAGUCAUUCUGACAAUCGACUGCUGUAGUAAUACUGUAUAAUACAUUUGCUAUCGAGUCUCAGGUUGGUUUCCCAGCCUCAUAGUGUUUGUAUUGAUUUUCAUACCUUAUUUGUCUCCUUGAAUGAGAUAUCUUACUCGUUUUGCUUUGUAUAGUGCAAUGUGUUCCCAAAAGCACCUUUUGUUACUUUAUUUGUUGCUCAAAUAAACUGUUGAGUUCUGA